AUGAUUGUCCGCUACAUCUCGAACGUAACGAUCGCCUUCAAUCCGUUCUCUCCACGUGCACGGACAGCGCGGCUGUUCAUGAGUCUUCUCCCACCGGACGCCCGGACAAUGAUGAAGGUCAACACCAAAGUCCUUCCCCGGACAUCUGAGCUGGGCGGGAGCAUUCAUGUUGUGUUCAAGGACGGGAAGGAGGUCAAGCUGGACACCUCGAAAAUGGGUAUUACGGACGUAGUGGAGGAAUGCGAUCGACACUCUAGAACACUGCAAAGGAAGGAUGCAUUGACGGGUUAA